AUGGUUGCUGCGAAGCUGAGGGAGAUGGACGAGGCGCUCGUCGCGUCCCUGUCGCGGAAACUCGUCGAACCAGGCCACGACCUGCCGCUGCGCUACCAGGCGCUGUGGACGCUGCGGAACGCGAGCAACGCGGCGGCCACGGAGGCCCUCGUCGCUGCGCUGAACGCCCACGAGCUCGGGAACCUCUUCAGGCACGACGUGGCGUUCGCGCUGGGGCAGCGACAGGACGCCACGGCCGUUUCGGCGCUCAAGAGGGUGCUGCUGAACGAGCAGGACCAUCCGAUGGUGCGGCACGAAGCAGGCGAGGCGCUGGGCGCCAUCGGAGGCGAUGAGUGCCUGAGCCUAGUGAAGCGGUGCGCCAGCGACCCGCAACGGGAGGUCCGGGAGACCUGCGAGCUCGCCCUGCAGCGCCUGGACUUCUUCGCCGCGCACGGCGGCGACGGGCCCUCCGAAGCCGCGCGGGAUGGUGGGCCGGACGCGGACGCCAGCGCGCAGGAGAGCCCCUACCUCUCCGUGGACCCCACGCCGGCGUUGCCAGCGAGCACGCCGUUCCCGGAGCUUGCGGCGCUCCUCGCGGACGAGGAGGCUCCGCUCUUCCGGCGGUAUCGGGCUCUGUUCGCGCUCCGGAACAGGGGGGGGCCGCAGGCGGCGCAGGCGAUCGGGGAGACGCUCCUGGCGUCGUCCUCGGCGCUGCUGAAGCACGAGAUCGCGUACGUGCUCGGGCAGAUGGCGCGCAAGGACUCGGUCGACGCGCUGGCCGCGUCACUGGGCAACGCAGAGGAGCACGCCAUGGUGCGCCACGAGGCCGCGGAGGCGCUCGGGGCCGUCGCGGACGACCGCUGCGUUGGCCUGCUGAGGAAGUUCGCGGCAGACCCGGAGCCCAUCGUGGCGGACUCGUGCCUGGUGGCGCUCGACGCGCUGGGCAAGGAGCUCGCGGGUGAGGACUACUUCGCGGUGGAGGGCGCGGCGCAAGUUGCGGCCGCCAGCGCUCACUAG